AUGUCGAAGAUGGAGGGUAACAAGUAUGUUGUCGAUGACAACAUUGAUGGAUUAUUCACUGUUAUUCAUGAUACAGUUACUGAUUAUUUCAGAUGCACGUGCAAUAUGUUCACUAGGAAGGGGUUUUUAUGCAGCCACAUAUUUUAUGUGCUGAGGACUUUGAAAGUGGCCGAGAUUCCCGAGAAAUACAUUGCUAAUCGUUGGUGCAAAUCAUAUAUGUUAUCUACAUUUCAAGCGACAGAUAAGAUGACAUGUCCGACACGCAACCUCCCAAUUGGAAAUGAUGAAUUAUUCAAAGUUUUCAGCAACUGCAUUGGUCACGUUAACGGUGAUGAAGAAUUAAGGAAACAGUUGUUGGCUGACUUCAUUGAUGUUGAGAAUAAGUUCAAAAAUCUUGGAAAACAUAAUCCUAUGGCAAACUCGAAGGCAGCGAUGUUGAAUGAGUUUUAUGGUGCUACACCACCUGAUGUGCCAACUGUGCUACCACCUGCUAUAUCAAAAACAAAAGGUAGUGGAGCAGGUGGUCUUAGAAAAUCAAAUAUGGAGAAGGCGAUUACUCUAUCACAGAAGCCAUUGCGUAAUUGCAAAAGAUGUAAUACUAUGGCUCACCACGAUUCCAGGAAUUGUCCCACUAAGGCGCUACCAAAGUGA